AAAUGCAACCGUUGCACCUUUUCUAUUACCCGGAACAACAGUCUUAAAAGUAACACGAAGUAUUUCAUGUACAGCACUAUAUUGUGUGCAGUAGACGUUUGAUUUAUUUUUUUAAAAGCAGUCUAUGUUAAUAGAUGUAUCCCCUCGACUGUAUGUGUUUAGAGUGAACAGGAGUGUUGGACAUAACUUCAGUGCCUGUGUUCCUCUAUGGGUUCCUCUGCUCGCCUAAGACAUUACAUGAAUGAUAAUGGACCAUUAAUCUUGGAUGGCGGACUAGCAACUGAAUUGGAAGCGCAAGGAGUCAAAUUACAGGGAGAUCCUUUGUGGAGCGCCAGGCUUUUGCAUACUAAUCCCCAGGCCAUAAGAGAUGCUCAUUACAGGUUUCUCCUCAGUGGGGCUGAUGUCAUCACAACAGCUACAUACCAGGCAAGUAUUGCAGGAUUCAUCAAUCACCUGGACGUGAGCUCUGAACGCGCCAGAGAGCUGCUGAUGUCUGGAGUUCAACUGGCCAAAGAGACAGCAGAGAGAUUUGUCUCUGACUGUCGUCCAACAGGGCAGAGAUGUCCCUUGGUGGCAGGCUCUGUUGGACCGUACGGGGCCUUUCUGCACAACGGCUCCGAGUACACUGGAGCUUAUGCAGAGGAGAUGAGUAUUGAAGAGCUUAAAGUUUGGCAUCGGCCGCAGAUCGACGGCUUAGCAGCAGCAGGAGCUGAUUUCAUUGCUUUUGAGACAAUCCCAAGUGCCAAAGAAGCGGAGGCUCUGGUUGAGCUGCUCAGAGAGUUCCCAAAUUCUAAAGCCUGGCUCUCCUUCUCUUGUAAGGAUGGGAAGUGUAUAUCAGACGGCAGCCUGUUCACCGAUGCAGUGCAGAUUGCGAAUAGAUCCACGCAGCUGGUUGCCGUAGGAGUCAACUGCUGUUCACCAGCGCUGGUGGAGCCGCUGCUGGACUCUGCCAGCUCACUGCUGAGCCCAGACAUGAGCUGGGUGGUGUACCCCAACAGUGGAGAGGAGUGGAACACUGAGCAGGGGUGGCUAACAUCAGAGAAAGCAUCAGCAUUAAUACCUGAACUAAGUCGUGCAUGGAUGAAGCAAGGUGCUGCUUUGAUAGGGGGUUGCUGCCGUAUCGGUCCCGCUCACGUAGCAGAGUUACGACAACAGUUAAAAGGAAGUUGCACGUCUCCCGCCUCUGCAGUGUGACUGGAUGGACAAAGUAAUGAUGAUUGUUGUAAAGAAAGAUGCCUGUUCCAGGACUUUCUAAAAAUCUUAAUUUAUUGGAAAAUAAAUAAAUAAACCACUACAUCAAAUGA